AUGCAAGCUGUGAUUCGCUCGUUCGUCUCCGGUGGAAAUGUUGUCAAGGCCUCUCUGCUGCAACAUGUCCGUGUGAUUAACCCGGCGAUCCAGCCUUCUGUGUUCUGUUCACGCUCCGAAUCCACUCAGUCUGCUCGUAUGGAGGAGCAUGGAUUCGAGAGCACAACCAUUUCUGACAUUAUGAACGCCAAAGGCAAAAGCGCUGAUGGAUCUUGGCUUUGGUGUACCACUGAUGACACUGUUUACGAGGCUGUUAAAUCCAUGACACAACACAAUGUUGGUGCCUUGGUGGUUGUGAAACCUGGUGAGCAACAAUCUCUCGCUGGGAUCAUUACUGAGAGAGAUUAUCUGAGGAAGAUCAUAGUGCAAGGGAGAUCAUCCAAAUCAACAAAAGUUGGGGACAUUAUGACUCAAGAGAAUAAGCUUAUCACCGUGACACCGGAGACCAAGGUCUUGCAGGCUAUGCAGCUGAUGACUGAUAACCGGAUCAGGCACAUUCCAGUGAUCAAAGACAAGGGUAUGAUCGGGAUGGUGUCCAUUGGAGACGUGGUCCGUGCAGUUGUGAGUGAGCAUCGAGAGGAGCUCAACCGCCUGAAUGCGUUUAUUCAGGGAGCCAUGGCUACGGAGUUUCGGAGCUUAUCGGAAACUUCUGGAUCCGCGAUCGCCUUGAUUCUUCUGCUCUUCAUCCAUGGUGUUCACUCUUUCUAUCUCCCUGGCGUCGCUCCUCAGGAUUUCGAAAAGGGUGAUGAGCUGAAGGUGAAAGUGAAUAAGUUAACAUCCAUAAAGACUCAGCUUCCAUACUCGUAUUACUCUCUUCCUUUUUGUCGCCCUAAGAAGAUAGUGGACAGUACUGAGAAUCUCGGAGAAGUGCUUCGUGGUGAUCGGAUCGAGAAUGCCCCAUAUUCGUUUAAAAUGCGGGAGGCACAGAUGUGUAAUAUUCUUGGCCGGGUCACUCUUGAUGCGAAGUCAGCCAAAGCGUUCAAAGAAAAGAUCGAUGAUGAGUACCGAGUCAACAUGAUCCUCGACAACCUUCCUCUUGUCGUUCCAAUUGAAAGACUGGAUCAAGGUUCUCCAGCUGUUGUUUAUCAGCUCGGAUAUCAUAUUGGUCUUAAAGGCCAGUACGAGGGGAGCAAAGAGCAAAAGUUCUUUAUGCACAAUCACUUGGCGUUUACAGUCCGGUAUCACAGAGAUUCGCAGACUGAUGCUGCAAGGAUUGUGGGGUUUGAGGUCAAACCAUACAGUGUUAAGCAUGAAUAUGAAGGAGAAUGGAGUGAGAAGACCCGUCUGACGACCUGUGAUCCUCACACAAAACGUCUGGUCGUUAGCUCAGCUACCCCUCAAGAAGUUGAGCAAAAGAAGGAGAUUAUAUUCACAUAUGAUGUCGAUUUCCAGGAGAGUGAAGUGAAGUGGGCAUCUAGAUGGGAUGCUUAUCUUCUGAUGAGUGAUAACCAAAUUCACUGGUUCUCUAUCGUCAAUUCCCUGAUGAUCGUCCUGUUCCUGUCUGGUAUGGUGGCAAUGAUAAUGCUGAGGACUCUUUACCGUGACAUUUCACGCUACAACGAGUUGGAGACUCAAGAAGAAGCUCAAGAAGAGACAGGAUGGAAGCUUGUCCAUGGUGAUGUUUUCAGGCUUCCAACCAAUUCAGAUCUGCUCUGCGUCUACGUUGGUACAGGGGUCCAGUGUUUAGGCAUGGUACUCGUCACUAUGAUCUUCGCCAUGCUCGGAUUUCUCUCCCCUUCCAAUCGCGGUGGUCUGAUGACGGCCAUGCUCCUGCUCUGGGUCUUCAUGGGUCUCUUCGCUGGUUACGCCUCCUCACGUCUCUACAAAAUGUUCAAAGGAACAGAGUGGAAGAGAAUCGCCUUCAGAACAGCCUUCUUGUUCCCUGCAGUUGUCUCAUCCAUCUUCUUCGUCCUCAACGCUCUCAUCUGGGGACAGAAGUCAUCCGGUGCAGUGCCCUUCGGGACGAUGUUCGCCUUGAUAUUCCUCUGGUUUGGCAUCUCGGUUCCUCUUGUCUUUGUCGGCGGUUACAUCGGUUUCAAGAAGCCAGCGGCUGAUGACCCAGUGAAAACCAACAAAAUCCCGAGGCAAAUCCCAGAGCAAGCUUGGUACAUGAACCCGGUUUUCUCAAUCCUCAUUGGAGGAAUCUUACCGUUUGGUGCAGUCUUCAUUGAGCUCUUCUUCAUCCUCACAUCCAUCUGGCUCAACCAGUUCUACUACAUCUUCGGGUUCCUCUUCCUCGUGUUUGUAAUCCUCAUCGUUACUUGCGCCGAGAUAACAGUAGUACUCUGCUACUUCCAGCUUUGCAGCGAGGACUACCUUUGGUGGUGGAGAUCUUACUUGACAUCAGGCUCAUCAGCUCUCUACCUCUUCCUCUACGCGACGUUCUACUUCUUCACAAAGCUUCAGAUCACCAAACUGGUCUCGGCGAUGCUUUACUUUGGGUACAUGCUCAUCGCGUCUUAUGCAUUUUUUGUGCUCACAGGAACCAUUGGGUUCUAUGCUUGUCUCUGGUUCACACGGCUCAUCUAUUCCUCGGUUAAGAUCGAUUAG